AAUUACCAAAAAAAAUUGUCUGAAUUUCCCCAGCCAGGCAAGGUUGUUAUAAAUGGUAGGUAGGGAAAGCAGAGUGUGGCAAUAAAGGGGUUAAUCCACGGAGCACAGAGCCAUCUGGCUGAGCUGGUUUGUUAUAAUCGAGCAGAUUAUGUUCACGGGACUCAGAGUUUAAGGCUCCUCUCCCAUAGAGCAACUCUGCACAACCCAAGCAGACCAACUUUGGGACUUUGAAUGAACGUAUUUACAUCCACCUUUCUCUUCAUGUCGACUUUUCUGGAAACAUUCACACGGAUGCCAUGGUUACUCCUACCACGAUCUUACAGGUGAACAAGGUGAUGUCCAUCUUGUUUUAUGUGAUAUUUCUCGCUUACCUUCGUGGCAUCCAGUCUUCCAACAUGGAUCAAAGGAGUUUGCCAGAAGAUUCGAUAAAUUCUCUUAUUAUUAAACUCAUUCAGGCAGACAUUUUAAAAAACAAGCUUUCUAAGCAGAUGGUAGACAUUAAGGAAAACUAUCAAAACACGGUGCAGAAAACAGACACUCAGCAAGACAUGGACGGGGAGGAAAAUGUGAAAUCAGACUUCCAGCCAGUUAUCUCAGUGGAUACAGAUCUCUUGAGGCAGCAGAGACGCUACAACUCGCCCCGAGUCCUGCUGAGCGACAACACUCCACUGGAGCCACCGCCGCUGUACCUCAUGGAGGAUUACAUCGGGAAUUCCGUGGUGCUGAACAGAACCUCCCGGAGGAAGAGGUACGCGGAGCACCGGGGCCACCGGGGGGAAUACUCCGUUUGUGACAGUGAAAGUUUGUGGGUCACGGACAAAUCCUCUGCCAUCGACAUCAGGGGACACCAGGUGACUGUUCUGGGAGAAAUUAAAACGGGCAACUCUCCGGUUAAGCAAUACUUUUACGAAACGAGGUGUAAAGAAGCCAAGCCUGUAAAAAACGGCUGCCGCGGCAUCGAUGACAAGCACUGGAACUCCCAAUGCAAGACAUCCCAAACUUAUGUCAGAGCACUGACUUCAGAAAACAACAAACUGGUGGGCUGGAGGUGGAUAAGGAUAGACACCUCCUGCGUGUGCGCCUUGUCCAGGAAAAUAGGAAGAACAUAG